UGCAUUUAAAGUGUGGGAAAGUUUCUUACAUAACAUACAUAACUCUUCCUUGUGGCGUAUUUAUAAAAAAAUUUUGUUGCCAUUUGUAUCCGUAUAUAUUUAUUUCAAUAAAAACCGUAUUUGUAUUUACCUAAUUAAGUUAGUUCGAUUAUUUACUUAAAAGAAAGGUUUUUCCCGACAAAAAAAAGCUAUUUUUAAUUUUAAAGAAAAGCAGGGAACAAGUUUAUAAAUUGUAUUUGAAAUAGAAUAAUGUAUUGGAAUGGAUUCUUAUCGACUUUAAAUUUUAUAAUAAUGUCAAUUGGUCCAUUCUUUGCUCCCACUCAUACAAUAGAACCUAUAUCGAUAGUAAAUCAUAUUGGAGAAUCACCGGCUGUAAAUCCUCUAAACAAAAUAAUUUGGACAAGUUCACAUUGCCAAGAUUUUUUGGCUGGUGAAACGAAAAGUUUUAACGAACCAACAAUAUCUUCAGCUGUAAAUACUGCUGCAGUGAAUGUUCAAAGAAUACACAAUAAUGGAAGAAAACAAAACUUAAAUAAGAAUAGAUCAAAAAAGAAUCGAACAGAAAAUUCAUCUCGUACAAUGAACAAUAUAUCCACUAAUAUAUCAAUCAAUGAAAACUUUAAUCCUGUAGACAAGAAUAAUAAUGAGAAUCAUGAUUCUCCAGAUCAAAAAAGACCAAAAAAACGAAUCAGUAAAACACCAGAGAACUCACAAACCAUAGAAUCUUUAGAUGAGGAGGGCGACAUUGGUGCCGUAUUCGAGAAUGUUGAUUCUUCUCAUGGGUUGAUUUCAGAAUAUGAUACUUCGGAUUUAUCAAAAUUAAAAGAACGUUUUAAUUAUGCUUCAAUCGAUUGUGGCGCUAAUGUAUUAAAAGCAAACAAGGAAGCGAAGGGUACUUCUGCUAUUUUAUCUGAAAGCAAAGACUCUUAUUUACUCAAUGAUUGUUCUGUAGAGAAUUAUAUCGUUGUAGAAUUAUGUUAUCCAAUUCUUGUGGAUACCAUUGUAUUAGCGAAUUUCGAAUUUUUUGCUUCUACUUUCAAAGACAUUCGAAUGUCUAUAAGUAAAUGGUAUCCACCAAAAGAGGAUUGGAAAGUUAUUGGUGAAUAUCGUGCAAAGAACUCUAGAGAAUUACAGAUUUUUAAUAUAAAAGCUCCUAUAAUGUUUGCAAAAUAUAUUCGUAUUGAUUUUAAGACACAUUAUGGACGCCAUCAUUAUUGUCCAGUUAGUUUACUUCGUGUUCAUGGAAAUAGUGAGACAGAUAUGUGGAAUAAAGAACAGGAACAAGCUUCAUCAACAUCACAAGAAGGAAGUCAAUUGAAUGAUGAACCCGAUGAUGAUCAAAUCUUAUCAGCUUCUAUUGAAUCAACUGAAGAAGGUUUAAACGAAUUAUCAAAAGAAAUUCGAAAAAAUUCGGAAUAUCUUGACAAUUUGAAAGAUGAACUUCCAGCUCACAUGAAUCAAGGAAAUGGAAUUACAAAGUUAAAUAAUCAAAACAUGGGUGUUAAAGCAUAUCUAGACAAGAUUAAGAGAAUUUUUGAAUACGGAGUUUGUCCUAAGAAUGAUCUUUUAAAUAUUAAGAUCUUUCAGGAUGAUUCACUUAUAAUAAAUCCUGGAAUAUGUUAUAUUGAUCAAUGCCCUAUUGUUGUUACAGAAUCUGAUAUUCUGUCCGAUAAUUAUAAUGUUCAAGAACCUGACAGGCGAAGAAGAGAAUCAACAAAAGAAAAACCAACUCGUAAGCAUUAUAAAAAUGAUAACAAUGGUAAAAUUAAUUUACCAAUCGGCGGACCAAAUCAGAGUACAUAUAUGUUUUUAUAUAGAGGUAUUCUUACACUUGAAUCGACCACCAAGCGAUACAUUGAAGAGCAAAGUAAAAUAUUCAAGGAAAUUUUUGAAAAAGUCAACUCUCAUUCAAAGAAAUUAGAUUUAACUAUGGAUCAUUUCACUAACACAGUUGGGAAUCUGAAAAAACAUUACGAGCAAUUGCUUCAAACCACCUUUUCGGAAUUUCAUACUAAUCAAAGUAGACUAGAGGAAGAUUUAAAAAAUCUUACUUCAAAUGUUCAUUUACUAGCUGCAGAGGUCGUCUUCUUGAAGAGACUUCUAUUAUUUGUUUUUCUUUCAUUUCUGAUCUUUAUAGGUGUAACUCGCGACUGGGUAAAUAUACGAAUAUCUUUACAGGACCUUCAUGCUGCAAUGAACGCGCGAGCGUUGGCACUUAAACUCAAAGCAAUUCCAAAAAAUAAGCUACGAAAAAAUAAAGAUGAAUUUUACGAUGAUGAUAAUGUUCACGAUAUUUAUAGCGAAUGAUGAUGUUAUAAAUUGUUGUUCCGAUUUAAUCGACUUAAUUAUUGUAAUAAUAAUGUACGCGAGGAGAAAACAUAAUUAUGUAACUUAUUCUAACCUCUGGGAUAAAUCAAAAAUCUAAAAACAUUUAACAUAAAAAUAGAGAUGAACAAUUUAUUUUAGUUUAACAUUUCUUUUAACUUUAUUGUUUAAUAAUGUUAGAAGUAUGUAGGGAGGGAUUUUUUUUUUCUUUGUAAAUUAUUUUAUUACCAAAAGUAGUUUUUAUACCAUCCUUUUUUCGGACAUUUCAUAUUGUAUUAUUUUAAAUUUUUAUGAAUUUGUAUAAAGCUUUAUUGUUUUUCCUAUUAAAAAAAAAUAGAUAAUAUAUGAUUUGUUCCAGCAGGUUAUAUCUUAC